AUGCCUCUCACCGUCGCGCGUGCCAGCAACUGCACGUCGUCCGGGCACACCCGCGUGGCGGUCUGUGCUCUCCGCCCACCCACACACCGAAGAUCCCCACGGUGUUCCCCCCCUUCUCUCUCCCGCGGGGAAUACACAUUCGGCACUAAACCCUCGCCACCUGACGAACCUCCGCCGCUCGUGUGGGAUCCCGUGACAGCCCGCCGCACCCGACACCCCGCUCCGCGGUCCACAUCCGCAAAGCCACUGCCCGUGCGCCCAGAGAGGUGUGUGCAUGCGGACGGGCGUGCACGGGAGACGUCCUGUGGGGCUCGGCUCGCGCUCGCGCUCUCCUCUGCACCGAUGCCCAGCGCUGACGAGCGACUUCAAGUUUUGCGGCCUGAUACCGAGAUGUGUGCUGUGGCUUUGUUACCCCGCUCAGCCACGCGUGUUGUAUUACGUCCUGGGCUCGGCUCCCUCCACUCUGCACGCAAGGUACUAGCGGCAGCAUCUGCUCGGAUCGCACAUUGCUAUCCGCGCCUUCCCUUAGAGAUUUCGGAGAAGUGGGGUGAGGCGUCCGCUGCGGGAUCGCCUGCAAGAUCUGGUGGUGGCCUCGCUGUUCUCAGUGUAGAGCUGCGUGUACAGGGGUACGCGGCUGUGCGCUCACCAUCGGGGUUUGCUGUUCGUGCGAUCGCGUGA